CCGCCUUUUAGUAGGUGGACAAUAGUUAAAAGGAGGAGGAUUCUUUAUCACACACAAAUUCUCUCCUUUAAUUUUCCCCUUUGUUAAAAUUCUCAAAUAUCUCAAACAUACCAUGGAAGGGUCUCCUCUAGGCAGCUCCCAACAAGCCAAUUGCAAAGAGCAAGAAUUCAACCUUAAAGAAUGGCAUCUUCGAGCUCGUGUUAGUCGUGAAAACACGUCCUCCAGAAGGUAUUCCGCCUCCUAUAUUCGAAGCUUUCGAGAGGAACCCGGGAUGUCUUUUAAGUCCAAUUUCACUAUCUCUAGCACUGCCUCCUCCCCCGGCUACAACUUGAAAGAUGAAAUCGACCCUUCAACAUACUCAUUCACCACAGCUCUCAAAGCGUUACAAGCAAAGUCAGGGUAUGUAUGGGAAUGUUUAUCACCAGAAGGGUUUGCAUUAAACUCAAAAUGGAAUGAAGCAGAGAGAUAUAUAUGCAACCCAUUAUCAGGAGAAGUUCCAAUGGAGUGUUUAUCAGCUAAAACACUAAGCGCCCGGUCGUUUCGAAGCAACAUGGCUAGUAGAGUUACCAUGUCUGCUCCUCUUGUGUAUUCUAUGCAACCAAGAAGAACAACUACUACUACUACUACUACUACUAAUAAUAACAACAAUAACAACAACCACCUUUCUAUUUCUAAUAAUAGUAAGCUGCCUCCUGUGACAGUUGUUAUUAACGAACAACUUGUUAAACUUCCAUCUUUUGAACAAGAGAAGAAAAUAACGGGGAGCAGAACAAGGGAUGUGGGGACACAAAGUACACCUCCAGAGGGGAGUUCAAGUAGCCCAAGCCCAACUUCAACUCCUUCAAUCAAAGACAGAAGGAUGAAUCGUUGUGAUGAUACUGAAGAUGGUGAUACUCAAAAUUCAACCUCUAGCAUUAUGUUGAACCCUGUGGAAGAGGUGGAAGUGAAAGUAACAAGAGAGAGAGAAGAAACAAAAAGAAGAACAAAAGAAAGCGGGCUAAAGAGUAAAAAGAAGAAAACAGGGCAACUCUGCUUUUGCAGGCAGAUUAAUGGAUGUUUACGAUUUUCAUUAUGGAGUUGCUUGUGGAUCAACAAGAGACGACACCCUAAAAUACAAGCACCUCCCGAUAGUUUAACUUAAUAAACACCACCCCAAGAGCUUGAUUUAGAUUCAUUUUUUAGCAAAGACGUUGUAUAUUAUGCAAUUCAUCAAACCCAAUUGACUUGGCCGUUGUUCAUCACCAUAAUUCUUAUUCAGGUCUUGUUAUAAUAAUAUAAGGUCGUUUUAAAUAAUCCA